ACCGACACAACGCACGCACGCAACUAAAAUGUAAACAAUCAUUCAGAAUCGAUAUCGGCAGAAAGUUAUGUAAAUUUAAAAAAAAAAACUAUUUCACAAAAUCUUUCACUGAAACACUCAAAAUCCCAACCAAUCAUGUGGUUCCGGAACGUCCGCUUCGCCUCGUCCCUCUCCCGGAACAGCAACACCAGCAACAUUGAAGCACUCAAGCAGAAACGCACCGAACUGCUGGCCCGCCUCGAGGCGCUCGAAGUGCCGGAAAAGUACAAGGGAACCAUCUGGGAGAAGUGGGCCAAAUACUGGAAGAACCUCGUAAUCGACUACAAGGAGAUGAUCGUCGACACGGGCCGCACCAUGCGCCAGCGACCGGUCCGCAGCGGGAUCUACCUGUCGCUGCUGGGUGCCAGCUACUACUGCGGUGUCCGCAAUCCGGACGAGCGGGACUUUAUCGAGCGGUUCCGCCACUACGGCAACGAACUAUCGCUGGUGCAUCCGGCCAGCCAGAAUCCGGAAGCGACCCGACACAUUCAGUUCCUGCAGCGGUGCUACAACGAGGGCAUCGUCCGACGGUUAUCGCUCGGGGUGGUUUCGUUCAUCUGGGUGGACAAUUACGACCGGGCCGUUGCGGUGUACAAAGCCAUCUGUCCGUACCUACAGCCCCGGUACAUGACCUUUCACGAGCGCGUCGUCGACAUCGGGUUCAACAACCGGUGGUGGCUGCUGGAGCGGAAGAUGGAGGAUUAUGACGUGAAUGAGGAGAAUCUGUAGCAAUAAAUUAGCCGCUGUGUUACGUUA